GGCAAUCUCACGUGUAUAACUGACAUUGUUUGUCAACCCGCUCUUCUCAGUGCGAAAUGCGAAUUACAAUACCAGCAUCUAAUGGCUACAAAGGACCUCUCCAACAGCCUAUCAGGAACCGAGGAGCCUUGUAAUCUCCUUUUGAGCGAUCAAGAACAACAGACGUUGAACAGUAUGGCUCAGUCCGACGACGGUAUUAUUACAGAUGCACGACUUACUAUGAACGGUAUUCUAGUCCAGUUGCCAAAACAAGCCACCGACCCAACUAUAGCGAGAUUUUCAAGUCUGACUGGUGUUGAAGAGUUGCAAGAAAUCUUGUGGCUGAUUCAAAAAGGAGAGAGAGACGUGUGCGGGUGCCGACCAGGAAAAGUGCUCCAGAACUUUAGGGACACGGCCAAGCAACAGCCCUGGAACAAGCCAUUCUCCAUUGAAGUAUUUGGCAUCGAGCCCCGAGCUGUGUUGAUGUUACCGUGGUGAUCGUAACCAUAUUGUUGUGUCCUCGUGUAAUGUGAGUGACUCUCCAUGCAACCUACCCUAUGGAAAAAACCCUGUCCAUGAAUUUCCUGUCAACCGCGCGAAAAGGGACUGUAGAUAACUUGGGUUAAUUAAACUACCAAACACUCAUUAAAGAGACCGCCAAGCAUAAAAGAAGGGUGAAAAGAAGCGGUCGGU